AUGCCGUUUUGUGCUGGAAUCAAUUUAACUAGCACUGAUUUGGAUUAUUACCAAAAAAUUUAUUUCCAAAAAAGUUGGGCUUGGUGGGUCAAUCAUAUCGGGACAUUUGCCGUAUUUGUAAUUGGUUUUCUUGGUAACUUAUUAUGUCUUCUUGUCUUAUGUCGUGGGCGUCUAAGACGAAAUUCGUACACUCAAUAUUUAAUUGCAUUGGCUAUCGUUGAUACUGGCGCUAUUCUAUGUGAAACCCUAAUUGCAUUUGAUGAAUUACAUCAAUAUCGAAAUCCAGAUAAGCGAACACUAAUUCAACAUACGAUUUUAUGUAAACUAUAUUAUUACAUUCGAUUUGUAUUUUAUUCAAUGAGCUCAUGGGUUCUUGUUGCAUUAGCGAUCGAACGUUUAGUUGCGGUCAGAUUUCCACUAUGGUCAAAAUAUAUUUGUAAUGUUAUAAAUGCUCGUCGGAUUUUAUUUCUUAUACUUCUAUUUACUUUGAUUAUUCAAUCGUAUCAUUUGGUUAUGAAAGGUCUCGAUUGUUCGCCAUCAUCGAAGUCCACAACAUCGAAACAAAAUUGUCGUUGUAAAACAUUAGUUGUCUAUGCUGAAAUUGACGUAAAGCUAACAAUCUACUUUUGGCGUCUAACUCUAAUGACAUUAUUACCAUUGGCAAUAAUAAUAACCGCAAAUAUACUUAUUAUGAGUAAAUUAUUUAGUGAACAUUCAUUAAUGGAUCAUACAAAUACAUCAGAUAAUUCUCGAUCGAAAACAGUUUUACUAUUUAAAAUAUCUCGAAUGUUAGUCAUACUUACAACAAUCUAUUUGAUAUUACAUGUGCCGGGCUCAAGUCUCGAAGUAAUAAAAUAUUUAUCUGUUUAUGUUUUUCAUAUGUGUAAUGCUAAAUGGGAAUAUUAUAUGCUUAUAACACAUGAAAUAUUUGAUUUAUUAACAAAUUUUAAUUACGGAAUCAAUUUCUAUUUAUAUAUUAUUAGUGGUAAACACAUACGAAACGAAUUAGUACGCGCAUUUAAGUCAGCAUCGUUCCGUUCGACAAGUAGUAGUGAACAAAAUGGAAAAUUUCAGCGAUCAAGUUAUUUCAUAUCUUCCCAUGGACACAUGUCAAGAACGAAUCAACCACAUUAUACAAAUGUACAAUCAUCAAGGCAGCCGAUUGGUUCGUCGAUAUAG